AUGCCGUCCCUCGAAGGUCUUACAGAGGGGCAACCGACCCUGGACGCGAUUACCAACGCAAGCCAGGAGGCCGAAGAACUCAUCUUUCCCCCAGUCACCAAGGAACACAUCCUCAACUGUGCCUACGACGCCUGGUUUCCCAAAUACCGCACUGUCUCAAUUCGCUCCCGUAUCAUCAAGCUCUCCCCAGACUUCGUCCAGUACAUCCGUGACGACGGCAUCAUUCUCGCUGACGAUGAUGAUGCCGCCCAGCCAGACUCAAAUGAGGAAGAGGAAGAAUGGGCGCCUUCAUCAAACACAUCCGGCGCCCCUCGGAGAAACCAGCAUCUCGACGAGGACUCCGACUCCGACUCGGAGCCAGAGGCAGACUCGCGCCCGCCAAACGAGCGCUUUCCGGAGAUUCACCAGGAGAUCAAGGACCGCAUCAAGGAGCUCGGCGGCUCCGUGGCUCCCAAGCUGAACUGGUCCGCCCCCAAGGAUGCGGCCUGGAUCUCGCCGCACCAGAACACGCUCAAGUGCACCACGCCCAACGAUAUCUACCUCCUUCUCAAGAGCUCGAGCUUUGUGAGCCACGACCUGGAGCACGCCUUCGACGACACCGUCGCUUCCUCCGCGAACCGCCCCUUCCAGCCCGUUCUCGUCCUCCGCCCCUUCUUCGCGCCGAACCCGGCCCUGGAGUUCCGCUGCUUCGUCAAGCACCGCGCACUCAUCGGACUUUGCCAGCGCGACUGGAACCACUACCCCUUCCUCGACGGCCUGCGCUCUGCCCUGGUGUCCAAAAUCGAGGACUUCUUCGAGGACCGGCUGCGUUUCACUUUCCCGGACGGCUCCUUUGUGUUUGACGUGUACGUGCCGGGUGACAGCGAUUCGUACGAUGAGCUGGGCAAGGUGCGGCUGAUCGACAUCAACCCGUGGGCGCCGCGGACGGACAGCCUGCUUUUCACGUGGGGUGAGCUGCUCGAGUUCAAGGUGCCGAAGCCGAUAUUGGGCUCCGUGGUGACUGAGGAAGCUUUCGAGGUGAGGAUUCCCAUGUCCGGGAAUAGGGGCGACUGGAGCGAGGGUAGCGCAGCGGAGGAGACGACGGACGACGAGGACGCGGAUGAGGUCGUUCCCGAGCUGAGGAUUGUGGAGAAGGAUAACCCCGCGGCCUUCAACUUCAGUACGCCACAGUACUCGGCGCAUAAGCUUCCCAAGGAGGUUGUUGACGCCAGUAUGGCGGGAGAGGGCGGUUUGAGGGAGUUCGCGCAGAGGUGGAAGGAGAUGACCGAGGCAGAGGGUGGCGGGGAUGUAUGGGAGAAUGCUCCAUAA